UUCAAGAGGAAGGCCGACAUAGGGCCCAAAAACCCUAGGAACCAAGUAGUCACCCGCAAAAGAAGGUUCCUCUCUCCGUAGUGUCGUCGUUAUUGACCGUUGGUUCUUGCCCAUCGUUUUGCCUAAUUUGUUUAGGAGGAGACUUCAUAUUCUCUAGUUUUAUCAUUGCUUUAGCAGGAUACAGACUUGGACUUGGAAGCUGAAUCGUCGUGUGUGUGAAUGAUUUAUCGGGUUGCGCCUGAAAGAGCCAGAUCUUGUUUGGCCGUUCCGUUUUAGGACUUGGUGGCCGCCGAUGCAUUGACGAAACUAAUAUUGGUUUGUUCAGCAAUUAACUUGCAGACCCAUUGGUGGAAGAGAUUCCAUUAUAAGGGAGGGCAUGGAUCCUGUGGAUUACAAAAGUGAACUGAGACAAACCAGUUCAUUUAGUAGGACAAGCGGCACCGGAUCUUCCCUUAGGCAUCGUUCCCUACGUUUUCCAGGUGCUCUGCCUUUUUAGCUAGAUGAAGAUAGAGUAAGUGAAAAUGUUUCAGAGGCAGGCGAUAUUGGUGACAGGGCACUUGGCAGUAAUCGGCAAUCAGAGAGCAGCAGCUUCCACUUAUCUCUUGAUGAUGCAAUGGAGAGUGGAGUAGUUGCUCCGAUUCCUGAAAAUGAGUUGUUGCAAUCGUAUGGGUUGUGGUCUAAUGAUGCAAAGGCAUCAAAUGCAGUAUCCCCUGUGUCCCCAUUGCCAGAGGAAAUCAUAUCUCGUAUGUCAACUGAUGCAAUUUUGCACACCCAUGACAAAAAACAAGAGCAGCAGGACAAAGGCAUGGAAUUACCGAAGUUACUUGAGUAUAUGUUGUGUCUUGUCCAUUUGGCUGUUUUUGGAAUAUUCGGGGUUUUAACAAGGUAUUUAUUGCAAAAGCUCUUUGGUCCUAGUGUCGCUCGUGUAACAAGUGACCAAAGCAUCCUGUAUCUGGAUCUUCCAUCAAAUAUGGUUGGUUCUUUCUUGAUGGGGUGGUUCGGUGUUGUUUUCAAAGGAGAUAUAUCCAGUGUGUCUGAGUUCCUGGCCAUUGGAUUAUCAACCGGAUACCUGGGAAGCCUUACAACUUUCAGUGGAUGGAACCAGAAAAUGCUUGAUGUCAGUGUUAAUGGCGACUGGGUCUUUUCUGUGCUUGGAUUUCUCCUUGGGUUGUUUCUUGUGGGCUAUUCCAUCAUUUUUGGGAUUGAGACAGCCAAGGGUUUCAGGUGGCUUCUCAAGGGGCUGCACACAAGUUCAAAAAGUGAAACCACUGGUUCUGUCAACAAAUGGAGGAUAAAUAGCUUCCAGGGACAUUGGGUGGUUCUGAUUGUGUUGACACUUCUGUUAGCCUUGUUAUGGAGUCUGAGCGGAACAUUACUAGGAAAGGAGUUUAAUAGCCACAAGUCUGGUGCUCAAUUAUGGUUGGCUUGCGUAGUUGGACCUUUUGGCGUUUGGAUAAGGUGGUUCUUAGCCCGAUUGAAUGGACGCGGCAUAGGGAGGACGGGGAUCUUGAAAUGGGUUCCAUUUGGGACUCUAAUUGCGAAUGUUUCUGCAGCUUGUGUCAUGGCUGCACUUUCAACUCUGAAGGAGGCGGUGAACACCAGUGCUUGCACUACAAUUGUAACAGGCAUACAGUUUGGGUUGUUGGGUUGUCUUAGUACUGUUUCGACUUUCGCUGCUGAGUUUCAUGCAAUGAGAGAAAGCAGGCACCCUUGGAGAGCUUAUGCAUAUGCCUUAACAACAAUAGGUGUUUCAUUUGGCUUGGGGACCCUGAUAUAUUCAGUACCAGUUUGGACAAGGGGAUACAAAUAGUGGCCGAGUCUCUUUUGGGUACAGUUGAUGUCAAGUUAACAUUCUGCGCAGGGAUUCUGGACUGAAGUAAGGUUUCGGUGGAAUGAUGUCCUCGUGGAAUGAUGUCCUCGCCUUGCGAGAGUUGCAGGAGCCUCUCUAUGCAUCCAAACCUGACGAAUUUGAGCUAGUGUAAUGGCAAAGCCUUGGUUGCAUUCUGCGCAGGGCUUCUGGACUCGGGUACAGUUUCAGCGUAAUGAUGUCCUGUGUCAACAUCUUAUUGAUAGUAUCUUUGCAAAUAGACUUUAUCUUAGCUUAUUGGAAUGUAACUUAUUUGCUAAAUCAUGUACAUAGAAAAUCUAGAGGUGCAGCAUGCUCUCAAUGAGAGGUAUUGUGCAUCAACCAUCCCAAUGGACUCUGAUCUCAUUGUAUUAUUAUAUUGGCUCAAGCAACUCAUGUUUCUUUG